AGAGGAAACUAAAGCACAAGUCUGUCUGAGUGUUUGACUGCGUGUGUGAGUGUGUUAAAGUGUGUGUGAGAGUGUGUCGGGGUGUGUUUGAGUGUGUUAAAGUGUGUGUUUGUCUCUUGUUUGAGUUUCUUGGUCUCUUUUUGUCUGGUUUGUGGCGGAGGGUUUGUUUUCACUCACGAUCUGUGCGGAUCCGCCCAGGAGGAAGUCACAGCGCACGAGCCACAAACAGCCACAAAACAGGAGAAAAACACAGAAAAACUGCAGAAAAAGCACACAGGGACUAAACAGAGACCGCACAGGGACUAUCUGGGACUUUAACACUGUCCCCAGAGCACAGGGCGAGAGGAGACGCGCUUAUUGGAGCUUUUAUUCGUGUUUUCUUGGUGUUUUAUUCGUCUGUUGGAGCUGAUACUUGUGUCUGAGCUGAAGCUUCAUGGAGAUAAAAGGCGGGAGUGUUUCCACUUUGGACUGAAACACUGUGACCUUUGACCUCAGAUACUUUGUGUUUGAGGAACGAGAGUAACGAGAGUAACGUGUCUCUGUGUCUCUGUGUCUCUGUGUCUCUGUGUCUCUGCUCCUGGACCUGCGACAUGACGCCUGACCUACUGAACUUCAAAAAGGGAUGGAUGUCGAAACUGGACAACAGCGGAGAGUGGAAGAAGCAUUGGUUUGUUUUAACUGAUGCUGGACUCAAAUAUUACAGAGACUCCACUGCAGAAGAGAAAGACGACUUAGACGGAGAGAUCGACCUGAAAUCAUGCACCAAAGUGUCAGAGCUGGACGUGGAGAAGAACUAUGGUUUUCAGAUACAUACACGUGAAGCGGUGUUCACACUUUCAGCCAUGACAGCCGGGAUCAGGAGGAACUGGAUAGAAGUUUUAAAGAAAUGUGUUCGACCGAGUAGCUCCCCAGACCUCACACAAUUACCAGAUGGCCACAGUGACAAAGAGAACUCCCACGUCCGCUUUUCUCGUCAGUCAUCAGAACAUUCAUCCCACACGCCUUCAUCUCAGCGGAGGUUCGACUAUGUUGAGCUCUCACCUGUCCCCAACUACUCUGCCCCUCCGUCCAAUCAGAGAGAAGCCGGCGAGGGCCAGGGCAGAGAGCACAGCCAAUGGCAGGAGGAGAGGAACACGAGCAGCCAAUGGGAAGCACUGCUUUCCAGAAAGACCCCCGGUGGAGGGACCAACCAGAGGCUUCACAAAGAAGAAGAAAUAGAAAGAAAAUGGGCAGAGUUUGAGCGUCUGCCGCUGAAAGACAUGAGCUCUUUAAAAGCAUCACGGUCCUCUAGCCAGUCCGCCAACGAGGCGCUGCAGAGGGAGGUGGCGUCACUGAGGCAGCAGCUGGAGAACCUACAGGGGGGAGGGCGAGGCGGGGGAGGGCAGGGGAAAAGCUGUGGUCUCGAGGCUCCCUGUGGCCGGAGCCUGUCCGCCAUCGAGCGAGCUCAUCGACAGGCGCUGGAGGAGCUGAAGAGGCAACACGACAGACAAAUGAAAGAGCUGCAGGCGGAGAAGGACCGGCUGCUGCUGGAGGAGACCCAGGCCACGGCACAAGUUAUAAAAACAUUGAAAAACAACCACAAAGAGGAACUGGAGAGAGAAGUUGAGAAAGUCAAGAGACUGAGUGGGGCAGACUCCCAGACACUGCAAACACAACUCCAAGCAGAAAUCCAGUCCUUGCAGAGAGAGUUGGCAGGUUUGUCAGAGCGUUAUUCACAAAAGUGUUUGGAGCUAAACAGAGCUGAACAGGAGAAUGCUCAAAGAGAAAGAGAAAUCAGCAACACGGAGAGGGACAUGGAAAUACUGAGGAAAGAGAACCAGGAGUUAAAAAGCCGGAUAGCCGAGGAGAUCAGUCGAGCACAAACCACUGUGGCUCAGCAGGGCUCAGAAGACACAAGUGGGACGUCAUGUGAACUAGAGGUUCUUCUCAGAGUAAAAGAAAGUGAGAUUGAGUACUUGCAUAGGGAGAUCAGCUGUCUAAGAAACGAACUACAGUUUCUGAACACGGAGAAGCGUCUGGCGUGUGAGCGAUACACCGAAGUGCAUGAGGAGUUAAGUGGACUGAAGGGUCGAAAUGAGCGAGAGCUCCAGAGUCUGAGGGAGCACCUCCGACUCGCUAUGGCUGCCCUACAAGAGGGACAAAAACUGGGCAACAGCCUGGACCACUGAGGGUCUGUAUAUGGUACUAAAACUACUGCAGAUACAGCGGCAGGUGUCAGGUAUUCCAACGCCCUUCACUGCAACAACAAGAAACGGAGUAAAGCCGAGAGCAUCACUGUGGCACACUGUGCUCGCUGUGCGGAGGCAGAAACAGUGCCUUACUUUUUCAUCUCCCUGCCAAGUCACAUAGACUCGUUUUUUACACUGGUUCACAAUUUGUUUUUUACUGCACUUUUGUACUUGCUUUGGUCAGUUAAGAAUAGAUUUGGGUUCAUAACUUAUAUUUGAGUGACAUUUUCAAUGAUCAGGUAAAAUGACUAAAUUUAAACAAUGUUUUUUAUUUCACAAACAGAGGUAGCAAGGUCAGCGUAGUUACUUAUGAGCUACUUCCAUCUUGUUUUUGUGGAUCUGAGCAUCUUCUAUUUAAAAAAUGACAUGGGAAUAUGAUGAAGUGAUUAAUGAGAGUAAUUGCAUAAGGAGGCAUAAGUGGCUAUUUAAAUUUAAAAAAAUGAAUUAAUCAAACCUCUGCUAUACUUUUGGAACUCAUAAAAAUAAGAAUGUCCCAUUUCAAGUGUCUUAAUUUCAAAGCAUCUGGCAAACAGAAAUAUAUUUAAUGUCUUUGUGGGGAUUGCAUCGAUGAGCCAAUUUUAUUGACGUUUUGUAUUGUAAUAAAAUAACUUGUUUUGACCAUUGUUCAUAUUUAAUGUACAUCUAAUGUACCUUAUACCAACUUUGUAAAUUAUUUGUAUUUUGGAGUCUAUUAAAGAAAAUUUACUAGG